CUUCUUCUUCUUCUUCUUCUUCAACAGUGGAUCCAUGGCUGUAAGAUGUUCCCCUUCACCUGCUUUCAUAAUUCAGAAACCUAGCUCAGUCAAAAAGCCUGUUAGUAGAGUAUUAAUGCUUGCACAGGCUCAUGUAUCAGUCAAGAGUACAACUAUACUUCAGAUCACAUCAUCUUUCAAGAACAAGGUUUACGAAGAUCAAUCCGAGGGUAUCAUUUGUUAUAAAGAUGAUAGUGGGGAGAUAGUAUGUGAGGGAUACGACGAGGGCCCUCACCUUCGUCAACAAUUCUCUAUCUUGGCUUAUAAUACAAGAGAUUCUGAUAUUAGUGACCUUCAAAGGUGUUGGCUUCAAAUCGUCGAUAGUAAUAAACUUAACCACGCGGAUGAAGAUGUCGUUGGGCAAAAAAAUCUCAACCCCAAGGAAUCCAACUCGUUCUGCUAAGAAAUGCUAUAACCUUUAGCCAAUAAUCUUCACUUCUUCACGCCUGUUCUCAUUAUUCUGUAACAGCAAGACAU